AUGCGCUGUCGUCUUAUCUAUUUUGGACACCCUGCUGUUGUCAUUAAGCUUAGGUUUGGCAGUGUCAUCACCAACGCAGUGAGUCUCUCUGGCUACAGGGAAAUCUGCAUUGAACGUGAUCUGAAGAUGAGGAACUGGACCUGGAUAAUGCCCAUGCUGCUCCUCCUGCCCACUGUGGCUCCCUAUUGCCCCUCUUUGUGUAGCUGUGGCUCUGGCAUUGUGGAUUGUUCUGAUAGAGGCCUCAGCAACAAGGUUCUGCCAGCAUCCUUCCCUACGUCCACUCGGGUGAUCCGUCUUAACCAGAACAAUUUAGACUCCAUACCCAAUGGUCUUCUUGACCGUCUUCCUGAGUUGCGAGAAGUAUACCUACAACAAAACCCAUGGCACUGUGACUGUAACAUUUUAUACCUCCGCAGCUGGCUUCAAGGGCAGCAGAAUAAGGCCAUGUAUCGUGAUGUCAUCUGCACAUCCCCAGAGCCGCUGAAGGGUAGAGUCAUCAUGUUCUUGACAGAGGAUGAACUUAUGACCACCUGUCAAUAUUGGUACUGUAAUUUGGCACUGAUUAGCCAGCUUUGCCUAUUCAUCUUUAUUGCUGUACAGGGAAUCCUGCUAAUUUUUGUUAUUCUCUCCCUCCGUCGAUUCCAGAGGAUUGCUAGGGAGGCUCGGCGCACAGCCAAAGAACUGCAGCAGAACUCAGAAUCAUAUGCCUAUGACAACAUUCCUCUGUAUAACUAUGACAGAACAUGAGACUGCACACAAAAAUACAACUCACCAAGCAAUAGUUGUUAAAAUAUAUGGAAAAUACCUAACUUAUUCAAUAAAAUCUUUCCUAUUGACAA